CGCAUAUUCAAAUACCACAAUACACUCGCAUGAUAUGACGAACAGGAAAGAUUCAAGAGUGCUUGUGAAACGUUUAACUGUCUUCUUUUCUCUUGGAUAAUUACCAGAAUAAUUAUUCUGUCAGGUGACAAAUCCUGCUGUGCAGUGUUUCAGAGUAGCAAGUUGUCCUGUGAUUUUGUAAAGCUCUCUCUAGUUAACCCAAUUAAUUGAAGUUACACUUCGUGUUUUGACUACCGUUGAAAAUGAAAAGUCGCAUUUCCGUGUUUAUUACUCUGUUCGCUGCGAAUUAUAUUUUCCUGGACGCCUCGUGCAACUUGCACAGCCGGGACGAUUGGAAAUUAACCAAGGUGUUGGGGUUUUCUUGGGCAAACUGCGGAAAGUCAGGUGACCCUGCAUAUAUGAAGACUCUUAACUUGACUCCAGAUCCCAUUCCUAUUCCAGGACAAAUAACAGCAGAUGCAUCAGGCACCACAUCAGUAGAGCUGACCUCUCCUCUUUCUGUGAACGUGACGCUGGAAAGAGAAGUUGUUGGUGUGUGGGUAAAAAUACCGUGUAUAGAUGAACUAGGCAGUUGUCAUUACCCUAAUGUCUGUGACUUGCUCGAUCAACUCACCCCUCCAGGACAAGACUGCCCUGAGCCUCUGCAUACAUAUGGCCUGCCCUGCCACUGUCCAUUCAAAGCUGGUGAUUAUUCUUUGCCAUCGUCAGAUAUCUACAUACCAGAAGUUGAACUGCCUGGCUGGCUGACCAACGGCAAUUACAAAGUUCAGGGCAUUUUAGGAAACUCUGAAAAUGAACUUGGAUGCCUUGAAGUCAGCGUCUCAUUGCACUCCUUACACAUGGGACAUUAUGAAACAGAGAGUCAUAGCACCGCUUAGAGAGAAAAAGGAGAUGCAAAUAUUUCUUAAUCAUUAAGUAGUAGUUGAUUAUAGGAAUUUAAGUUUUAAAAAUGACAAAAUCCUGAGUCAUCAUAUGCAUAUUUCCAGAGAAUCUGAUUAUCUUGUUUUUAAAUUAUUGAGAGAUACUGUAAGUAUUUUUUAGAUAAGUUUAUUUUAAAACCAAUGAGGAGACUUACUAUUAUGUAUGUCUCUUCAGUACUGGAAAUCUUUAGAUCAUUUUCUGCAAAUGUUUUUUAUAUUUUAUUUUUUACUUUCUUAAUUUGAAUAUUUUAUCCAUUUAACUAUUGAAUUAUUUGUGAAGCAGUUUUCAUUAAACAGGAAUUUUUCUGAUCAUGUUUGUUCUAAGUAGACAUUAAAAUCAGUAUUUGUUUACAGCCGUUGUCUGUAUUGUAUUUUCCAAGUGAGUCUCCGAUACUAUUUUACUUUUACUACCAAACUAUUUUAAUUUACAUUGUCACUAUAUUUUUCAAAAACAUUAGUGAAGCACCAUUUAAAUUUGUUCCUUCCAUGCUUUUCACCUAUUGUAAAUAUACUGUAUCUGGUAUGAGUAAUACCACUUUGGUGUGGUGUAUUUUUCAAUAAACACGCUUUGUGGAACAUUUAUUU